GUUUCACGAGAAGUAAAGGGAGUUUACUUACUGUAAUUUCCAAAAUAUGUGACCGCAGAGCGUCCUCCCUCUCUGAUGCUAUAUAAACUGCUCUCUGCCUCCUCGACAUCAAAGACCAACAUCACAGCUUCAGGAACUUCAGAUCAUUUCUCUGGACCUCUUUCUGGGUUGAUCAGGACUUUAAAAACACAGGGAGUUAUGUGGAGGAUUUUCCUGACGGUCAGUCUGCUCUGCUGGAGCGCUGACGGCAGAGACGUGAGAUGCAGAGACCACACUGAUGAACCAGUGGACUGGUACAUCAUCUACAAGGCACCCAAAGACCCACAGAAACCCACGGUCCUCAACCCGAAAAAGGGUUUGGAAUAUCUUUACAUUGAUUCAAAAGAUCAGACGAUAAAGACCUUUAAAGAUCCCAGUAAGCUCAUCAACGCUGCUGAAGGUGUCCUGGCAAACACCCUGCGGCCCAUUUUAAAACCAAUGAAAUCAAUGCCAGAAGACUUUGGAUUCAUCUCCUACAGUGACCAACCUCCAGGAUGUCAUGCUGAUAAUAAGUUUGGUCACAGUAAAGGACUUGUGAUGAUGGAUAAAACCACAGGAGUCUGGCUCUCACACAGCACACCACAGUUCCCUUUUGAAAGAGAUCAAAAUAACUUCUGGCCUGACAGCGGAGCAACGAAUGCUCAGACAUUUAUCUGUGUAACAUUCAAGUACAAUGAGUUCAAAAAGAUAGGUCAACAUCUGCUGGACAUCGCAGCUUUCACAUUUGAUCAUCAAAUUCCUGCCGGCUUCCAUGAAGAGCUUAGACAGGUUACAAAGAAAGACUUGGAGAAAAGACCAAAACGUGACGCAAGUAAAGUCAAAACUCAGGACCUGACAUCAGCAGCAGGAACAUCAGCAGGAUUAACAGGACCAGGAACACAGUUUCGUAGCAUUGCUAAGAAACUGUAUAAAGGUGAGAUAUCUGCAUGAUGGUUUGAAUCAGAUUACAUAACUUAGUAAAGACAAAGUUACAAAGAAAAGAGACAUUUUACUGUGGAAAUCAGAUGUUAUGUGAACUGGUUGAGAGAAGAUUGUUCUGUAGUUUAACAUCAGUGUGUUUAUCUUAAUGAUUGAUUACAGCCUGGGACUGGUUAGAACUGGUUAUAUUUAAAUGUGUGUAGCUGCUGAAGAUCACUGACUUCAUGCUUCAAUAGUCUUCAGAAAGAUAACCUC